AUGAAUAAACAAAAGCAACCAAUAAUCUCUCCUAAUUGGAUUAAUGAAAUUUAAUAGGCAUCAGAUCCCCUCACUCAUUCCUAAAUGUAUAUCAAGCAUUUAAGUGAUGGUAUUUAUAUAUGAUUAUUACUUUGAAUUAAGAGUACUAUUAUCGCACAAUAAAACAUUGAAAAUUAGAUUAGAGAUCUAUGAGAAAGAACCGAUAACAUAUUCAUAAAUCACUAAAGCCAUAGCAUCAAAUAGAGCAAAUGAUAAAUUAAAUGAUUAAAAUACACAAUAAAAACCUAAUUAACAGUUAGUUUUUAAUAUUAUAAAUAGCAAAACUAAUUAAGGAAAUAGCAAGGAUAGUUUGUAAGAGAGUUUGGGUCCAGCAAUUGAAUAAAUUAAGGAAUUAUAAAAAGUAAUUGAGGAAUUAAAAAAAUAAAACAUAGAGUUGCAUGAGCAAAUGAAAUAAAAGUUAUCAACAAUGAAAUAAGCCAAAAUAGUAAUACCCCAUAAAUUUGAAGGUCAUGAUUAUGUAGGCGAUUAAUUAUUGAUUGGAAAAUCUACUUUAGUUAAUGUAAAGAAAAUAUCGUAUGAACCUUUUCAUAAAUCCUCUUUGAAUUAAUAAAAUUCAUCGAAAGAUAAGUAUAGAGCAUUACAAAUGUAUUUAGAUAAAUAUAGAAUUUGAUUAAUCAGAAAAAGUACUUAGAAUAAGAAAUCCUUCAUUUCAAGGAAACGGGAAUAAUUAGAAAGCCUAAACUUGAAGGACAAGAUUUAGAAAGUAUCAUCAAGAGAUACGAGAAAAACAAGUCUAUGGCUGCAGCUCAAGAGAAAUUCAACAAGUAAAUAAGAUAGCAGGAAGACUUGAAGGACCAGUAUUUGUAAGCAUUGAUAGAGGAAACCUUUCUAUUGCAAUAACAAUUAAGAUUGAUGACUCAAUCAAAGUCUUGA